GUCAUUCAGGUAGUUUGUCAGUCAGCCAGUCGCACUUGCCUUCAGGCAGUAGCCUAUGUGAAAGAAUGCAGAAAGGGGUGGAGUUGUUCGUUGGGAGAUUUUACUUUUUCAAACGCUCGCCAGUAGAUAUCACCUACUCUGCCUGAAGACAGAGAGAGAAGAGCACACUGUGACUUCGUUUGAACUGCACCAUUAUAAAUCAAUCGGCCUGCAAUUACUUGGCGUUUCCAUUAGAUACGACCUUUCUGUAUAGUGGUGUAUCUCGAAUGGAGAGCACUUAACAUUUUUGGUUGAACUUCUAAUCUCUUGUUCUCCACUGCUCAUGGAGUGGAGAACUGACGGUUGGUCCCUGACGGUUGGUCCCUCUGUUCUCAGUGGAAAGCUCGCUGCGGACUCGCGCCUGGCUUAGGACGGCGUGAGAAUAGGUGAAACGCUCGAGAGAGAGAGUCUUGCACCCGGUCAGGCUGAGUGAACAGGGGAGUUGUCCCGGGUCUCCCGCGCGCAUGGAGGGAGACGUAAUGGACAAGCUGGAUAGCAUGUCUGCGGUGUGUGACUUCGAUCCCAUUGCGGGGAAAAUCCCGGCAACCAAAGUGGAGAUCACAGUGUCAUGCAGGGAUCUAUUAGACAGAGACACAUUCUCCAAAUCUGAUCCAUUGUUGGUGUUGUAUACAGAAGGGUGUCAGAGAGAGAGAUGGAGAGAGUUUGGGAGAACGGAAGUGAUUGACAACACUCUGGAUCCAGACUUUGUCAGGAAGUACAUCUUGGACUACUUCUUUGAAGAGAAGCAGAAUCUACGCUUUGACGUAUAUGACAUUGAUUCCAAGAGUCCAGAUCUGGCAAAGCAUCCCUCCGACAUUGACGACUUCUUGGGGCAGGUGUUCUGUACCUUGGGAGAGAUCGUAGGAUCGCCUGCCAGUCGACUGGAGAAACCUCUGGGUGGUAUCCUUGAGAAGAAAUGUGGCACCAUCAUCCUGUCAGCCGAGGAGUUGGGGAACUGCAGAGAAGUUGCCACCAUGCAGUUCUGUGCCCACAAGUUGGACAAGAAGGACUUCUUUGGGAAGUCAGACCCCUUUAUGGUGUUCUAUAGGAGUAAUGAAGAUGGGACGUUUACUAUUUGCCAUAAGACAGAGGUGGUGAAGAACACUUUGAACCCAGUUUGGCAGGCCAUCUCCAUCCCUGUCAGAGCACUCUGCAAUGGAGACUUCGAUAGGACAAUCAAGGCAGAGGUGUACGACUGGGACAGAGAUGGAAGCCAUGACUUCAUCGGUGAAUUCACCACCAGCUACCGAGACCUGUCCCGGGGCCAGAGCCAGUUCAAUGUGUACGAGGUGGUGAACGCCAAGAAGAAGAUCAAGAAGAAGAGAUACAUCAACUCUGGGACGGUGACUUUGCUGUCGUUCACGGUGGAGUCAGAACAUACGUUCCUGGAUUACAUCAAAGGAGGAACCCAGAUUCACUUCACGGUGGCCAUUGAUUUCACUGCAUCCAAUGGUAACCCGUCCCAGUCCACCUCUCUCCACUACAUGAACCCGUACCAGAUGAAUGCAUAUGCCAUGGCCCUAAAGGCUGUAGGGGAGAUCAUUCAGGACUAUGACAGUGACAAGAUGUUCCCUGCUCUGGGGUUCGGAGCCAAGCUGCCCCCUGAUGGACAAGUCUCCCAUGAGUUCCCCUUGAAUGGCAACAUAGAGAACCCUUACUGCAACGGAAUGGGGGGGAUUCUAGAAGCAUACCAUCAGAGUCUGAAGACUGUACAACUCUACGGACCAACCAACUUUGCUCCGGUCGUCAACCACGUAGCCAAGUACGCAGCGGCUGUACAAGACGGUUCUCAGUACUUUGUCCUGCUCAUCAUCACAGACGGAGUCAUAUCAGACAUGGCCCAGACCAAGGAGGCCAUCGUCAACGCCGCUAAGCUUCCAAUGUCUAUCAUCAUUGUUGGAGUCGGCCAAGCUGAGUUUGAUGCCAUGGUGGAGCUUGACGGUGAUGACAUCAGAAUCUCCUCGCGAGGGAAGCUAGCAGAGAGAGACAUUGUACAGUUUGUUCCAUUCAGAGACUACAUGGACCGGGCAGGAAACCACGUGUUGAGUAUGGCCCGGCUAGCCAAAGACGUCCUGGCUGAGAUCCCUGAACAGCUCAUCCUCUACAUGAAGAGUAGAGGUAUCAAACCCUGCCUCCUGCCUCCACUCAAUGAGGAACCAGGCCGUGAAGACCAGGACCACGCCCAGACCCCCCCUGUCUGAGCCCUAGACCUACCCCCAUCUGAGGUGCCAACCCUGGGGAAGGAGGUCGCGGUAGGAUGGGUGGUGGACCCCUCCCUCAUGGAGGGAUGCAAAACGUAAAUGUGAAAAUGCUUCAAGGCACUUUUUUUCUAUGCUGAACAAAUUGAUAAGACUCCAUUUUGUUUGGAGCGAGACUGCUUUGAUGGAAAAAGCUGAAGAUCAUGGAGUUUUCCUUUUGAGUUUCAUCUCCUGACGGGAGGGCGAAGAGGGGGAUGAGAAUUGGAGAGUCACAGAGGAGGUGAAGAGAGGAGAUAAACAGAGCAGUGAUGUAAAACGAAUGUUAGAUGUUAGCAGUCAGAGCUGUCAAAGUGGUGAUGUAACAGGUAGCAUGCCUUAGAUGGAGAGGGUGUUUUUGAGGACAUAAAUUAUUAGAAUGUGCCAGUUUGUAUCACGUUUGUGUAUAUGAUACAUUUUAGAGUGGUGGUGUAUGUUGGAUCUAUUGUAAAAACUACAGCAUCUAUUCAUGUUGGGGUUAAUAUUUUUCUUCAUAUUUUCCCAUCAGGUUUUUUUUUUGGGGGGGGGGG